AUGGAGACGGUGCCCGCCGCCUCCCACGCCGGCAGAGACCGGCUGAGUGAUCUUCCGGACUGCCUCCUGCGCAGCGUGCUGUCAUCCCUCGGCUCCCUGCAGGUGGUUCAGACCUCCCUGCUGUCGCGGCGGUGGAGGGACCUGUGGCGCUCCGUGCCGUGCCUCGACGUCGACCAGCAGGACUUCAUCUUGGAGGAGUCAGAGCCGGAGUCGCCCGGCGACGGCGCUUCCGACGCGGAACAGGAAGUCUACAGCAAAGCGCUGAAGGAGAGUCUUGUCAGAGAGAUAAAGCGGCAGCGCCGCUUCGAGGACUUCGCCGACGUCGUGAUACUCCUCCACGGCGUGUGCCCCCUCGACGCGUAUCGGCUGCGAGUCGUCGACCCGGGUCUCCGCACGGACUGGCACCGAUGGAUACGCCGCGGCCUAGCGCGCCUCCCCGCGGAGCUCCUCCUGGACUUCCGCCGCCCAUUAUCUUACUACGAGGGUCCGUUGUUUUGCUUCGAUUUCGCCUCCGGCGGCGCCGGCGCCCUGCCCCUUGCUAGCCGUCUGAGGAGGCUGCACCUUUCUGGAUUGACCCUAGCGGAGAAAUUCGCGGAGGAACUCAGAUCCGAGUGCACAGUCCUGGAAGACCUUGAGCUCGUCAACUGCAAGUGCCACUACAGGCUCGGCCACCACAUCGCCUCCCGCUCCCUCAAGAGGUUGCACAUCCGCGGCAGUUACAAUUGCAUGAAUACAUUAGGCUCUCUCGCCGUUCCUGCCCUUGUAUCCUUGAACCUCGACAAGGUCCCCCUGCCGGCCAUUGAAGGUGAGUUGCAGUUCCUCGACGUGGCAUCCGUCACAGAACCAAAUAUGUAUGCCGAGGAAUACCGUAACCAUGUCUUGAAAUCCCUGCGCAACGCCAAAGUAUUGCAACUCCGAAGCUUUACCACCAUGGGGUUGCUGGAGGGGGAACACGAAGAAUUCCGUGAGUUCCAUAACCUGAGGACCUUGAUCCUGAUAGAAUGCGACAUUGGAGAGAGAUGCCAGGUGCUGUGGUACGUCUUACAGAACGUCCCAAAUCUGGAGAGACUUGUGCUGCAAGAUUGCGAGAUCUCAGGGAAUUGUAGUGGGGAAUCAGCCUCCAGUUGCCGCGGCACAGCAUUCCGCGGGUGCAAGAACCUCAAAUCGAUACAAGUCAAGUAUAAAGAUCACAAUGUCCCUCAUGUGCUUGUUGCAGCGCUGACGCAAAUCGCAAAGGAUGUAGUUAAGACACACGGCGGGAAAACAAAUUAUGUUGGGUGGCUGGACUGGAUGAGCCGCGUCGUCUCGUGCAACUCCCUCUGCCAGUCGGCUGUCGUCGCCGAGCCAGACAACUCUCUAUCUGACGAGGAGCAUGAGUCCCGUGUGCGGAAGCGCCGCGCCCGAAAGAAACAUGCGAGGGACCGCGCCAUCAAGGCAGGCCGCAGGGCAGCUCAUGACCUAGCCCGGUGCUGA